AUGAGCGAAACUGAUAAUAUACGGUUGACGAAUGGUAAAUUAAACACGCAUUCUGAGAAUCGUAACAGCAGAAUAAUGGAUCAAAUAAGCAGUACCCGCAGAAACAGACAGAUACUCUGUGAGUUGUCUGCAACAAUCGUGAAACAGUUGGAGAUGACUAGGUAUGCGGAAGGAGCAUCUGAGCUAUCAGAUCGUAUUAAAACACUUGAAGACACACUAAAUAGCUUUUUUAAAGCCCAAGAAGAUUGUAUUAAAUAUUUGGAGAUCUCGCUGAAGGAUAUGCAAGAAAAAAGUACAUAUAUAGAAAAGGAUAGGCAAAAACAUAUUGAAUAUAUUAAAUACUUGGAAGUGUCGCUGAAGGAUAACAAAGAAAAAUGUGUGAAAUUGAAUGAGAAAUGUUACAAAGCGGCAAAUCAAUGCAGAGAUCUAGAAAUGAAGCUCAAUGUAACUAAAAAAAGCCCCCGUGAAGCCAGCCGAACACAUUCAAACGGAGACAUGAGAGACUAUCGUGGAGACAACAAAGAGAUUAUGGCGGAACUUCAGCGUAAGAAAGAAGAAAUACUGUACUAUCAGCGUGAAAUCAAAGCGUUCGACGAAAGAUUUGCUCACCAGGUACAAAUUAACGAAAGGAAUCAACUAAUUAUUGAUAAUUGUAAAUGUAAAUUUGGUUACGGAACUGAAUCCGAAAAUGAAAUUAUUUCGUUACGCCAGCAAAAACAAACAUUAGAGCAACAGCUCCGCGAAGCGCGUAAUAGUAACGUUUACCUUAAUGCAUACCAGAAUGAAAAAGCAGAACGCAGACACUCAGAGGACUCGUUUCGUCGUGAAUUUCAACAAAUGCAACAAAGAGUUAAAGAUGCUGAGGCUAGAGCGUCUGAAUUGCAGAGGAAAAAUAAUCUACUCAAGGAAGAAGUUACCAAUUAUCGAAAAAUUCUUGACGAUACUACUAACUUGACUAUUCAAAGCGAGAAUGAGGAAACCAAAGAAUUUGUGGCCGGACCUAGUCGCUGUGAUCCAUUGGCUAUGGAAAAUAAAGUUUUGCGUGAUCAGAAUGUAAAGUUGGAGAAACGGCUACAAGAAACACGAACCACUGCCAAAACCAGAAAAGUAAAGACCGAAACACGAUUGGAAAAUUUAAAAGUAUCUUUCCUUCACGAAUUCCGAAAUAUGCAACAAAGUUUUGAGGCUAAAACGUCUGAGUUGCAAAACCUGCUAAAUAAUGAAGUUACCAGUAUCAAAGCUGCUCUUGGCGAUACCAUUAAUGUCAGCUGGGGCGACAGCGACGAAGACCAACUAGUAAAGGACAUUAAUAAGUUGCAAAUUUCUCUAAAAGAGUUUACUCAAUUAAAAGGACGACAAACUGUAAUCGAUCAACGAGGAGCCAGUGCGCUAUUGCAGAGAUAUGACUGUCGACUUGACCCUACAAAGUUGACUGUCAGCGGUGCAUUACAAAGAUUUGUUAUUGAGAAUGUAUUGAAAUACACUAAUUCAUAUUUCAACAAAUGCAUCGAAAAUUUGGAGGGGAAAAGUAAUAACGAGCUUGAACAAAACAUUGAAGCUGAUUCAAACUAUUUCCUGGAAGGAAUUAUCCUGAAUACAGCAUCCAGUUUGAAGCUUUAUAUAAAAGAGUUUGCUGAGAGGCGGAAAGGAGAAGAUGAAUUGACGCGUACGACAGGAGUGAAGAUAUGUCAACAAGUAUAUGCUAUACUUGGCAAUCGUGGUUUUGCGCCCAACGAUCAUACCUUUUUAGUAGACGCGGUCAAGCAUGUAUUGAAUGAGCUCGAAAAGUGUCGUCAGAUUAAGGAUGAAUCGAAAAAGAAAGAUAUCGAAGAAUUAGCACCUUCUGUCAUCCGUGAGAUGGUUCGUAUAUUUUAUUUUAAAUUCCAGACUCAAGUCCCUGUUGUUGAGUAUCACUUCUUUGAAAGUGGGGCCAAGUUCGAUCCCACUAUAAUGGAAUGUUCUCAAGACGAUGAUGGAGAGGUUGAAAAACUGGUCGUUGAUAUAUGUUCAUUCCCGCUGAUCGGAGUAAAUAUAAGCGAUGAGCAGGAGAGGCGGAUCUUCAACAAAGCGAAAGUCCAACUGAGACCUGGUUUUAGUGGUUAG